AUGCAGAGCACCAGUCGCUUCCCCAGUCUGGCCCCUGCACCACUCAAACACUUCACCCCAACUCCCUCACCCCCAGAACCUCAACCUCGCCGUCCCAGACCGUCCCGCGCGGGCUCAUCGCGCAAGGCCUCGACGAAUCACGCCUGCGUGCCGUGUCGCAAGACGAAGACCAAAUGCGACGGCAAGCAGCCUUGUGCUCGGUGUCAGUUUAGCAGUAAUGUCUGCGAGUACGAUACUAAGAUUUUGUCCGGUGAGAGGCUGAAUCGGCUUACUCAUGCGUAUAAUGAGCAGAAGUCCAAGUUGAUGGAGAAAGAGGCGAGACUUGUGCAACUUGAGACUAUGCUUGCGGCUAUGCGUGUGGGGACGGACGCUGAGGCUGCGGAGAUUAUGUCUUGGGUCAGGAUAGGGGAGCCGGUUGAGGCUAUCGUUUCCUACAUAGAGUCCAAGAGUAAUGCUGUUGUUGUACCGCAAAGACUCGUCGGAGUAAACCAUCAAGCCAAGAGCAAAUUCAUAGAAACACUCUUCGACAGAUCAGAAUGGCUCGACGGCACAAUCUUCGAAGCCGAAGCCGCCUCCAUCGAUCUUGGCUCACGUACCCAAAGUUACUUCUCCUAUCACUUCGGCAACCUCCCUUUCUCAAGCGGUAUAAAAUCGAACCACUACCCAGCCGUAGCUCAACAAGGCCAGUUACAGAAUUACUACGCCAAACACAACUGGGCCAUGAUGACAGCCAACGACGGACACGGCGUGGACUCUGUGACGAAGGCUUGGGCUGAUACGUUGAAAAAGGCGAGACAGUUGGUCACUGAGGGUGCGAAUCCUGAUGAUUUGACGGGCACGUUUCCGUCUGUUGCGGCGCUUUUUGAUAAGGAUGAUGCGAGAAGGCAGGAUUAUGCUUUUACGAGUAUGGCGGCUGUGUGGGUUGUUUGGGUUGUCAUGAGAUGGCAAAUUAACCCGACUCCUGAGACCUAUGCUGAUAUGCCUGAUUGGAUUCGUCCGACGGAACUUCAAGUCUUUGUUCCUCAUAUCGAUAUGUUGGACUGUAUAUCGUGGCCUUAUUUCAGGGAUUAUAUCAUUCAACACCCGGAGAUGCAACAUGGUGAACUACAGUGGCUUGCGGCGUGUACAUCGAGCGUGCAAGCUCAUUGGGAUGGGACGAUUGAGGAAGCUAUCUGUGUCAAUGAAGCAACGGGGCGAAAGCGCUUCACACCAGAAGCCGAGGCUGCGGUGAGAGAUCUACGGAACUGGUCACUCGCGGCAUCAUAUCGGGCGUUUAUGCCUGGUAUAGACGGGAAUAUUCCUAUUAGAACGGUUGAAGACGCGGGAGUUUCAUGA